UCUCAGUUCCUCUCGGACUUUCCUAAAUUUCACAUCGGCUCAGUCGAGCUGACUGUGUUUUCGGUUUAGUUAUUUUUAGUUUGGAAAUUUCUCGGUACAGAGGGGUAAAAUUUUUUGGUUUCGUAAUUGCUGGUUCAUAAGGCCUUUACUUCGUUGGAUCCAAUUCUUUUUUUGAGAGGGUAUUUUUGUCAGCCUCGCAAGCUUACCAUGUCUAUGUGGCGCAGUGUAGCGACAAGGACACGGAGUCACCUGCUGCCUCGUUUUGGGGGCGUGGUCAGUCAGCGUGGCUACGCCGAAGACCACAAUCCAUCGCCCAAAUGCAGUGCAGAUAGUGGCAAGGGUUGCGGAAAGUUCACCGCCUGCGGAGAUCCCCGAUUCGAAAUGAAACCGCCGCCAAAGCAAGAGGACACCUUCCAGUUCCAUCACCUGGUCAAGCAGCCCCCGGAAUGCUGCGACGAUCCCUGCCGAGAUAGGUUUCCCCUCUACGACGAUUGCUUCUACAAGAUCUCGGACAAGGCCAAGCGCAAGUACCAGGUCACCUGGGUGGAAUGCCCGCCCAUCCAGAUCAAGCCGAAGAAGAUCUGCUGCUUCGAGGCGGCCACUCGUCCUCCAAUCCCACGACGCAAGCGCAAAGUGUUCGUUGCGGACGAAAAGUGUCCCACGGAACAGGUGUGUCCGGUGGCCGAGGGCCUGUGUCCCAAGAUCACGAUGCCCGGCUGCAAGGCUGUCGAUUCGGUUUCGUGCCACGUCGUCAGACGGAAAACAAUCUGUACCAAAGUAAAGGCUCCGUACCCCUCAUUCUCGGAGUGCUCCCGUCCCCCGGCUCGCAAGGCUCGAGGCAUCGAGUGCCAUUGCCUAGAGAUUCCAAGCGCCUGCGACCUUGUCCGCGAGGCCACAAGAACUGAAGGAAAUCCUCGCAAGGGCAACUGCGGUGGCAGCAGAGGCUAGACGCAUAGAUCUCGUCCGACUCCACGCAUUACGAAACCGAUCCUGUUAAAAUUCCGACUUAAUAGACCGAAACACCGUUA